AUGUCAACAACCGGUUACGUCCCUCCGCCCGACCAAACGGCCACUCAACAUGAAGGAACAUCUUCCUUGGCUAUCAAUAAUACAUUUCCUCGUCGCUUCAUGACCCUCGUUGCCCUGAAAACAUCCGCGCGCUGCUACAAACACGACGGGCCUUGUAUCCCAAUCUCAAAAUCUCUCAUCGUUAAGAAGGGGCCAUUCGUCCAUCUCACUGAAGCAGACACCAUGCAAUUCGUGGCAGCCAAUACAUCUAUUCCUGUCCCAACCGUUCACUGCUCGUUCGUGCACAAGAACCGAGCACAUAUAGUCAUGCAGCGCAUUGAGGGGAAAAGUAUCGCAGAUGCCUGGAGAGACCUGUCAGACGCUGAUCGAUCACACAUCUUUGGUCAGCUACGGUGUAUGUUUCGCGAACUACGGUCACUUACUCCACCUCCCAAUGCAGGAAUUGAGAGUUGUAUAGGCGGUUCACUACGCGACUCUCGUAUACCGCGGUCGAGACCAAGAUUUGGGCCAUUCAAGACUGUUCAUGAUUUUCAUCGAUGGCUGCGCGAGGACUUCCAGCCCGAGGAUCACCCAAAUCGCGUUGAUGACCAGGAAUGGAAAGAUAUCAAAGAAAUGAUCAUCAAACAGGAUGGCUCGUGGUCACCUCCAGUAUUUACGCAUGGAGACCUCAACCCUUUCAACAUCAUAGUCCGGGGUGAUCAGGUCGUUGGUAUCAUUGACUGA